AUGUCGACAUUGGGAGGUGACUUGGAACAAAACGCGCCGAUCGACUUGGACCCUCCCUUGGGGCUGCACCGUCCUUCACCUGGUGACUCUUCAGCAAGGCCAAACGAGGAAUCAGGUGAGGAGAGGGCAUGGAAGGAGGAUUUGUGCCAUGCAAUAUGCGGUAACAAGUGGAGUGAUGUGAAAGUAAUUCUGGAUCAAAACCCUAAUGCUUUGACUUCAGUAAUUUCUUAUAAAGGCAGAACAGCACUUCAUGUGGCUGCAAUGUUUGGGAAUGUCACCAUUGCGGAGGAGUUACUAAAAUUACUGCCUCCAGAAUUCGUUCUAACUCCUGAUUCUGACGGUCGUACAGCACUUCUAAUGGUUACUUAUUUUAGUGGAAACACUCAAGUCGCAAAAUCCCUCGUAAACAAGAAUAGCCGCACACUUGUAAUUCCAGACAUUGUUGGUGAUCUUCCUGUUAUAGUGGCUUUUGGAAAGGGUUACCAAGAAAUGGUACGUUAUCUUUAUUCUGUCACUCCAUUGGAAUGCCUCACAGGCCGUUCGGGUUCUAGGCUUCUUCAUCAUUGUUUACAUGCACAAUGCUUUGCUUCCAAUCAUGUUUGCGUGGACAUCGGCCAAGAAGAUGGAAGUCAAGGAGAUAAAGCAAAACUUACCAAGCCAGGUACAAAAGCAGCAGGCAUUCCUGCUCUUCAUACAAGCCCACCUUCAGCACUUAUGACCUCCUUACUCUUGGAAUUGCUUGCUCUAGCUGUAUAA